CUCGGGGCCCUGACGCGCCGCGCAGACACGGAGGGCGGAGAGACGGCGCGGCCGGCGGCGGUGGCCCGCCCCGGGGCGGGGGACGCGCGAGGAAGCCCGGCCCCGGCCACGUAACAGAGCGCGGAGCCCGGCUGCCGGGGGCGUGUGGUCGGAGGGGCUCCCCGUGAGUGCGGCGGCAGGACAUCAGCCCAGGACGCCCCGCGAACGAAGGGCACGUGGGCCCGCGAAGAUGCAGCCGACACCAGCCCUGCCCAGCCACGCGCGGACGCAGCGCCCGAGACCGCCGCCAUCGCGUCGCAGGCCUCCAACACCGCCAUGGCCGCCUCCUUAGCGAGACGGCGUCCAGCGCGCAGGCGCAGCCGCGGAGCGCCCGCCCGGGGGCGGGGCCAGGGGCCGGAAGUGCCCGGCGCCGCGGGCCUUCCCGGGAAACCCGCCGGCCGGAACAACCCGGAUGUCCCGCCCCCAAGCGGAACCCCAGGUUGCUGGGCAACCGGCGCGGGCGCCGCGGGCUGGUCCUGCGGAGCCUGGGGGCGGCCGAGCGUCGCUCUCGCCGCGCGUCCGGGCAGCCUCCCGCCCAGCCCGCUUCCCUGGUCGCUGCCCUUCGUCGCGUCGCCCAGCCCCUGCCCUUGGCACUACUUACACGUCUCCAGCUCCCACGACGCCUUAGCGCCCACCUGCUUCAAAGCCAAGCUCCACCGAAGGCGGGGCAGCCCCACGCCGGACAUGGCCUCCACGGUGACUGACCGGGGCUCUCGGGCCAUGGGCACCUACACCUACACCAGCCGGCCCCGGGCCCUGCCGUGCCAGCGCCGCCGCUACCGGGACAGACUCCUGCAGCCAGACGAGGAGCCUCUGCCCUACGGGAACAUAAUGUACGACAGGAGGGUGAUCCGGGGCAACACGUACGCCCUGCAGAUGGGGCCGCCGCCUGGACAGCCGGAUCCUAUGGAGAUGCAGAGGCAGCAGGAGGUUAAGAGGAAAGCCUUGGCCAGAAAACGAGCCCAGGAGCAGCUGCGACCACAGACGCCGGAGCCCGUGAGAGGCAGGAAGCACGUGGACGUGCAGACAGAAUUGUACCUUGAAGAAAUUGCCGACCGCAUAAUAGAAGUUGACAUGGAAUGCCAGACAGAUGGGUUUCUGGACAGACCACCGACACCACUCUUUAUUCCUGCCAAAAGUGGCACAGAUGUGGCCACCCAAAUACUACAAGGAGAGCUCUUUGACUUCGACCUUGAAGUGAAGCCAAUGCUAGAAGUCUUGGUGGGGAAAACAAUCGAGCAGGCUCUCCUGGAAGUGAUGGAGGAGGAGGAGCUGGCUAACCUGCGCGCUGGGCAGUACGCGUAUGAGGAGAUCCGGAAUAUCGAACUGGCCGAGGUCCAGCGGCUGGAAGAGCAGGAGAGACGGCACCGGGAGGAGAAGGAGCGGCGGAAGCAGCAGCAGUGGGAAAUAAUCCACAAGCACAACGAGACCUCCCAGAAGAUCUCGGCCCGCGCGUUCGCGCAGCGCUACCUGGCCGACCUCCUCCCGUCUGUGUUUGGCAGCCUCAGGGACAGUGGCUACUUCUACGACCCCAUCGAGAGAGCUGGGGUCUCUCUCUCAAACAAGAAUCAGUUACACUUUUCUCGGGUGAGCGCUGUUGCUGCCCGGCGCUGAGCUGUGAAGACCUGGCUUGCAGAAUGUGAGCACUGCCUCGCGGCGGAGCGGCAGGGAGCGGCAGGAGGACGUCAGAGCCCCGAGGCUGGGCCCAGCAGCUGCGUCCUGUGCGAAGUGUGGAAAGCGCGGUUGAGCAGGGACGCCGCGGAGUCCGUGAAAGCCCGCGGAAGCCAUGAAGGCCCGGCUGUGCGGUGGUGGCUGCAGUGACCUGCCCAGAGGAGCUCCCGUUCCAACCAGAAACCCUGGGGGGCAGCUCCUGGGGUCAUUUACUCAUUAAAUUGGGCACUGCGUCAGGAGUUAGAGGUUAGAAAACAAAAGGAGGAACCCACUCUGGCCUCCUGAGUUAGCGCCUCCUCACCGGCCACCCCAAGCGGGCGGGAAGGGGAAGAGGUGCGUGGCCUCCGUGCAGCUCUCCCUCCCCGGCUUAGAAAGCACUUAGCGGGGCCGGCGCCGUGGCUCACUUGGCUAAUCUUCCGCCUGCGGCGCCGGCAUCCCAUAUGGGCACCUGUUCUAGUCCCGGUUGCCCCUCUUCCAGGCCAGCUCUCUGCUGUGGCCCGGGAGGGCAGUGGAGGAUGGCCCAAGUGCUUGGGCCCUGCACCCCAUGGGAGACCGGGAGAAGCACCUGGCUCCUGGCUUCGAAUCAGCACAGUUUCAACCGUUGUGGCCAUCUGGGGAGUGAACCAACAGAAGGAAGACCUUUCUCUCUGUCUCUCCCUCUCACUGUCUGUAACUCUACCUCUAAAGUAAAAUACAUAAAAUCCUUAAAAAGGAAAAAAAAAGAAAGAAA